AUGAACUUUGCUCUCAGGCCUCCAUCAGCAGGCAGUUCUGGGCCCGGCGCCGGCAGAGGAGCCACCAUGGAGAACCUGGAGAAGCAGCUGAUCUGCCCAGUCUGCCUGGAGUUGUUCUCCAAACCCGUGGUCAUCCUGCCCUGCCAGCACAACCUCUGUCGCAAGUGUGCCAAUGACGUCUUGCAGUCAGCUAAUCCUCUGUGGCAGUCCCGCGGCUCCUCUAGCAUGACUUCCAGUGGCGCUCGCUUCCGCUGUCCAUCGUGCCGCCACGAGGUGGUGCUGGACCGUCACGGGGUCUACGGUCUACAGAGGAACCUGCUGGUGGAGAACAUCCUAGACAUCUACAGACAGCAGCAGUCCUCCAGCCUUGUGAACAUUAAGCCAGAGAAGCAACAGCCUCUGCUGUGUGAAGAACAUGAAGAGGAGAAGAUCAAUAUCUACUGCCUGUCCUGUGAGACGCCGACCUGCUCCAUGUGCAAAGUGUUCGGAAAACACAAAGAUUGUGAAGUGGCACCGCUCAGCAGCGUUUACAUGAGACAGAAGACAGACCUGAGCGAUGGCAUCGCGAUCUUGGUCGCCAGUAACGACCAAGUCCAGGUGGUCAUCUCUCAGAUGGAAGAAAUAUACCGCACUAUAGAGGAGAAUGGUCAGCGACGGAGAGAACAGCUGGUCAACCGCUUUGACAGCCUGGUGGCCGUCUUGGACGAGCGGAAGCAGGAGCUGGUGGGACUCAUCACCAAAGAACAGGACGAUAAACUAAAACGUGUUCGAUCCCUCAUUUGCCAGCACAGCGAGCACCUGGAGGCCGCGGUGACGCUGGUGGAGUCGGCCAUCCAGUCGAUCGAAGAGCCACACAUGCCUUUGUUUAUACAGAGCGCCAACGUCAUACUGGAAAAGAUGGCAGUGACAGCCAGGGCCUGUAACAUGGAGCGUCCAGAGCUCGGUUAUGAUAAUAUGAGCCACUUUGUCAUCGAUACUGACGACCUCGCUGACAUGCUGAGGAACAUGGACUUCUCAUCCGGUGUGGGAGAUGAUGAAGAGGAAGAUCCUGAAGAAGGUGGAGAGGAGUCAGAACUUGACCUCUGCUCCAGAUUUUGA